CUUCUAGUCCGAAGCAUUUUCCGAAGAUACAUUCCGCCGUCUUCACCACUAACCACUUCCGCCCAUCGCAACCACUUGGCAACAACCACGACUUCCACGUCCAUAACAAGCCAACAUGCUUCCCAAACAAUUAUCCAGAGCCGACUCGGCCGUUCUUGCUCAGGUGUUUGACCCGGAGAGUGCACCGACGAGGGCAGAAGUCAUAAUUGACCCCAGUCUGCCGGAGGACCGCCACAUCCGUGAUGCCGCAUUGCUCGCUCAGCUCCGGACACGAGAAAGAGAAGCGAUAUCGAUUGUGGAAGACUUCGAACGAAACCGAGCGCGAUUUCCGGAUGUAAAAGAAUCCGCCAAGGAUGCCGCCUAUCGAGCCGCACUCACCUCGCUUGAUGCUCUCAUCGCAGAACACCCGAGCUAUGCCUCUGCGCGUAACAAUCGAGCCCAGAUGAGGAGGUGGAGGUUCGGGGAUAGAAAUUCGAUUGUCCGACCCAGAUCCUUGCUGUACGCAGACCAACGAGCUGGAGGCGUGGCAGCUGAACGAGAUCUUCGAGCAUGCAUUGCUUCUGCUUCACCGGCGAGACAACAAGACGCAGUCUCUCCCGCUCAAGGCAAGCUGCUCGCCCAAGCAUAUACACAGCUCGGAGCCAUAUACCACGCAGCCUCGAAGGACCUAGAAAUGGGAGGCGAUGUUGAUGUGGCUGAAAUUGAGGGCAUGAAGUGGAGCAAAGAACGCUUCGAAGAAGAGGCUUCCAGAGCUUUCUACAUGGGUGGUCUUUAUGGCAACGAGGUUGCCAAGGCGUUGGCUGUACAUACCAACCCGCAUGCGAAGCUAUGCGGCAGUAUCGUGAAGGAGGCCAUGCGCAAGGAGAUGGAGGCGGCGUGGUGAGCUUGCGGGUGAUUCACACUUAUUUCCGCCACUCCAUAGACCGUGUGUUGAUACUCGGAAAGGGCAAUGCUGAUAGAAAUGCAUGAGCCCAUGAU